AUGUUGCUGUCAUCGCGUGCGACAAGAAUACUCGAGGAGGUUAAGAAUGGUUGCUGCAUGCUUUACGGCGCUGAGUUUUUCACUGAAGAUGAAUGGGUGAAACUAGACGCAUUACUGCACAAGGGAAGAUAUGUUUUUACAAACGGCCCCCAAAAACAGUUGCAAGAUGCGUUCGAACCAUCGGAAUCUCAACAGCUCGUGAGAUUCGAAGACAAAGCAGUAUCUGAACCUCCCAACGAUACGCAAGGUGACUUUCACGAGCAUAAUGGACCUUCUGAAGAUGAACCCAAAUCAGACGCCUUGGUCACAUUGACUAGCAAUGGCUAUGGAAAUUUUUCGGGAUCACGAUCAGAUGCAACUUGCUUCCAUUGUCAGGCUCGUCCCCAGCUCCCCGAAAAUGAGGCUCGUGUCAAACUACCCAAGCCAAAGUAUGAUCCAUCCGCAGCGGAAUUUGUUCGUGAUUGUGAGCCAAAGAAGGAGACAUCAACACAACAGGAGCCAACAAGAGACAAUGACGAACCCAGAAUAAUUCUUACUAGGAGUGUGGCCAGUCCUGGUACCAAACCAAUGCCUGUCGGCCCACGAUCUAAGAAGACAACUUCUCUCGCCCAAGUAGGCAAGUCUUACAAAGCCAUCAAGGACUUUCAACCACCACCUGAGGCUCUUGGCGGGAUCCAAAUAUCUUGUGGUGACAAAAUUAAGGUCAAAAAGCCUAUUGGUGCCAAUCUUUGUCUGGGGUGGAAUUGCAGAAGUGGGUUAUUUGGUAGUUUUCCUGUGUCUGCCAUCUUAGAGGAUGAGAAGACAAGCAGCAAGAAAAUGGAUCAUAGCAGCCCAGCUCCCAAAAAAACCGGCGGCUUUUCGAUGGAUGAAUAUGAUAAUAGAAAAACGGCCGAAUGGGCGGAUGACGAUGAAGAUGACAUCUUACCACCGCCGACUGAGCCACAGAAAACCUCGAACAGUGUCGAAGAAACGAACCAGAUAGAAAGCCUGGAUCGACCUGAACCUGCUGUUUCGGCUAAUAGUGACCGCGAGAUCAAUAGUGAGAGUGACAGCGAGAGCGCUGGAAUAGAGUCAAGAGUCUCUAGUCUAAAUACAGAGCAUGAUGAAGAUGUAGUCAAUGAGCAGAAGCCGAACGAUGCGGACUAUGAAAAUAAGGAACGACAAAUGACCAAAUAUCGUCCCAACAGAUCAUACAACAGUUCUCCUAAACCCGGAAAAUUCAUGACCACCCGGGACAGACUUCGUAUAGAACCUCAUGAAAUUGUCGUUCCCAAGACCGAAGUCUGUUAUUACUGGGAUAGUCCCAAAGGCUGUCGCUUCACGGAAGAGCAAUGUCGCGAUCUCCACGAACAUCGCGAAUACACCUUGCAAACCAACAUACGAAACGGCAAAAUCAACCCGGGACUUCUCUACGAUGUCGUGUACGCGAUUCCCUCCCCAGAACCCGGCAAGCCGCAUCAGCCCGCCGACCCUAGCACCACGGUCGGAAAACGCUUCACGUGUUUCUUUUGGCACAGCUACACAUCGUCUGAGAGUAGCAGGAAGUGUCUCAAUUCCGCUGCGGCGUGUCAAUUUCUUCAUACGUAUGUUGGAAGCGAAGGGAUCUUAUAUAAGGAAGUGCAAAUCCAAGCGUUUAAGAAUCGGAACAGGAAACCGGUUGCGAAACAACCGCUUUCGCCUCCUUCCGAGGCAGUGAAUGAUGAGGGAUGGGGAUCGGCUGAAAAUGCGUCGCCUGCUUUAGAUUGGUAG